AUGCCGAAGUUAACGGUUCUGGCCAAGUUAUUUUUGAUCACAGCGGCUCUCUUCAACAACAUCGUUUCGGCUUCAGACUGCAUGUCGAAAGAUGGAACAUACCAUGGAAAUUUGAACGUGUCAGCGUCGGGACAACGUUGCUCCCCUUGGUUAUCCACCAAACCAUGUUCUAAGGGAGUCAGCGAUGUGAAUGCGACUUUCACCCAUAAUUUCUGUCGGAACCCGGUUGAACCAGCCAGCUGCCAUCACGAAAGGCCUUACUGCUUUCUGGACUCCAGUAACAACUUGUGGGAGUUUUGCGAUAUGCCGAUCUGCGGUUCUGAACCUUCGACAACCUGCCUGAAUGCUUUAGGGCUUGGAGACGGACGCAUUAGAGACGAUCAAAUAUAUGCACCGACUCAAUAUGACGACAGUUUCAAACCUAGCUUUGCCAGAUUCAAUAACUCAAAUACAAAUGCGUGGAGAGCAAGUGUUAAUUAUCCCCGAUACGUCUACUUGACUGUCAACUUAACCGCUAUCUACACGAUAACUAAGCUAGCCAUACGGAGUGUUUCUACAGCGAGUUACUACUAUGUUUCGACAUUUAAGAUCAUGUACUCAAAUGAUGGCUUUUCCUGGCAAUUUUAUGGCAACGGAGCCGACGAUUUGGCUGAAGCUCACGAAUUUGAAGGGAACCACGGCAAUUCAGACAUCAGUGUGGUGUACUUUGACACUCCUAUCCAGGCUAUUCUACUAGCAAUAAUACCAACUUCUUAUUCCCUUUUACCAACAUUUCAAUUGGAGCUUUAUGGCUGCCUCGCUCCGACAAUCGUUUCCACAAAAACUGAAAUCACGCAAAAUAUCAAUUCGAACGUGUUUUGGUCAAAAUCAAGCAGUCCUUACAUAAUAAGAAGUGCAAUUUUGGUGGGUGUCGGUGUAACACUCACAAUUGAGGCUGGGGUUAAAGUUAUUUUUGUUGGUAAUACUGCUUCUUUAACAAUCUCAGCAUGUAACAACUUUGCCGUCAGAAACCUGUACGUGCGAGGAUCUGGAUUAACAACCAACUUGAAGACGAUUUCGUUUAGUGGGCUCGUCGUUAAGAACGCCCCAAAAGCAGUUUCCUUAACAAAUUACGAGAACGUCACUUUCAGCAAUUCUUUGUUCAAAAGCAAUCAAAUUGGUAUUGUUGCAUUAAGAAGUCAGUUGACAAUCUACGCAUGCAGGUUUUUAAAUCAUGAAGACGCGGCACUGAAAAUUGAUGAAUAUUCGGAUGACACUCCUUUAGUUCUGUCAAUUUCUGACUCUCUCUUCCAGAAUAACUUCUACGGACUCUAUAUUCAUAAAUCUCAGACCUAUUCGUUGCCCAACGAUACUUUACAAAUUAUCAACACUGUAUUUGUAAAUAACAAAUUUAGGGCGAUCCGCAUUUAUAAUUACAAUUAUGUUGGAGUCAACUUCAUCUCCUUUUUGAUUCAAAACUCAACACUUUCUGCUAAUCUUGAAAUUCCAUUUUACCUGUACAUCAACAAUAACGCCAACAUAACGAUCACUCAAUCAAAAUUCAUCAACAACUAUGGAACUUCUGCUUUACAAAUUUUCCUGCUCCCUGGCACAAACUUCAAAUCAUUACUUAGAAUUGAUUCGAACGUUUUUUCCAACAACACAAUGGAUGAAACAAUUGCGUUAAGCGCUGAGUCUCCCAGUGAAGUCACAAUUUCAAAUAACCAGUUGGUAAACUUCAAUACUCCUUAUGAAAUCGCCUGCCAUGCACCUUACAUUAAAGGAUUCGGGUACAAUGCUGAUUUAAACUAUUGGGCCACCACUGAUACAAGAAACAUUUCUGAUCGCAUUUUUGACAUGUACAAAGACUCGACUCGAUCAUUCGUAAGGUUCUCUUCAAUUUUGAAAAAUGAAUCGCGAGAUAGUUUGUUGGUUUUAAGUGAUGCGAGGGCUUUGUACAAAUUCAAUGGCACAGUUGGAGACUUGCUGAACAUUUCGGUACAGAGCAACUUUAAAUUUUGCACAGUCUGCGUUCGAAGUUCUGUAAAUGGUAACAUUGUGUUAUCUUCGCUGGAAGCCAAGGGGUACAACGUGACAAAUACUAUAUUUGUAACAAAUGGCGGCUGUCUCACUAUUCAAGGCCCUUUGCAGCUAAAAUUCAAAACUGCAACAGGAAUCGUUGUUGAAGGUGGUUGUUUAAAAAUUGACGGUAAUGUGACUCUAACAUCGUCAGAUAAACAGUGGAAUGGAAUUAAAUUCUUAAAUAGUAACGGAUCAAUGCUUAAGAAUAUUUUCGUUAAUGCGUCCAUCUGGCCUCUUGAAAUUAUCAACUCCUCAGUCACUGUCCAGACUUCGACGUUUGAUUCACAGAACUUUUUAAAAUUUUCCGACCAAUCGUCUGGAAAAAUUUUGCUUGAUGGUCUGAACGUCAAAUGCGGUGAUAUGUGUGUUGAGAUUUUUCAGGAAUUUGUUCUCGAAAAUUCCACUUUUACAUCAAGUUCGGAUUGCAUUGGUCAUGAAUAUUACUACAAUAACAAUAAUUUAAACUUUCGUAUAUCAAACAAUGUCUUCAAAUGCGUGAAGAAUGUUAUUAACAUUAGAAAUGCUGAAAACUUCGCAGCAAGGAUUAUUGGGAAUAAAAUAAUGUCUGGUUACAUAACUAUGGAUGUCAUCAAUCCUUUGUCGGUCGAGAUUAGUAAUAAUGAGCACACAUCGAUGUUAACCUCAACUUUCAAUUACUUAGUUAACUUGUCAUUGAGAAACCUCUAUGGAGUAAAUGAUUUAACCCGGAAUGGUGUCGUAAAAUUGGAGAACAAUGUUUUCAAAAAUGUUUCAAGAGUGUCAGAUUCUUCAAUUUUAACUUUGAAAUGCAGCAGUUCUGGAAACAUCAAUUAUUAUUAUAAAAACGUCAUCUACGUUAAUAACAACAUGUUCAUUGGGAAUAAUGUAACGGGAGUUGUCUCGACCGAUUGCUCCGGUCUGGCGUCUGAUCGUAACGUUUUAAACAACCCAAAUUCAGACUACGAACUAAAAAUAUUAGACGGCAUUAAGAAGGAAUGGCCUGCUGUCAUAUAUUUUGCUAGAAACUAUUGGGGAAAUGCUUCUAAUCCAAGUUUUAGAGUUCUAGACGAACUUGUCGACCAGACUGUCGUGAAAGCCGUUAUUGGUCCCUGGUUUCGUGAUUCCGACAUGACUUCAUUAGUGGCGCAGACAUCAACUUUUGAUAAAGGUAACAGUCAAAUUGGUGGAAGAAUGGAUGGCAACGUGGUUCUGACAAAAGACAAGUCGCCAUAUUCAGUUGUCGAUGACAUUUUUGUUCCUUCUGACAAAAAGUUAACGAUUGAACCUGGAGUGACCUUGAACUUUGUAUACGGGGGAAUUACAGUUGAAGGAAUUUUAUCAGCUAAUGGGAUUGAGAACAGCAAAAUUCAAUUCACCUCCAAGGGUAGCAAUUUCAACUGGAAGGGGAUCAAAUUUCAAAAAAUGUUUCAAGAUUGGCUGAUCAAGAAAGACUUCAAUUGGUGGGCCGUGUACAUCAACAGCGCUUGGUAUGUCGUUGAUUUGUUGGAAGACUCGUACAAAAAGCAGACAGCCGAUCUGAUGUGCCGACAAGCCGGUUAUAAAGAAUCAGCCAGUCAGACACUUUUUAAAUGCAACACCCUUAGCUCUGUUGAGCAGAUUUUGGUUCCGCCAUGUAUCAAUAACUCUGGAAUGUAUCAAAGAGCCACAUUACAUUGUCCCGACUCAAACUCCUUCUCCGUGCAAGACUGCGAUAUAAUAUUUUAUAAGAGCUCUUCCAGUUUUUACAAUGUAACUUGUAUUGAUCGACCACCAAUGCAAACAGAAAAAUACGUCAGAAUAACCGCCAAAUCAGGAAAGAGACUCACCGUGACGUCAACCGAUGACGUCAUUUUGGAUUCUCAAUUGAAAAGUGAUAGUGAUGUUUUUCUUCAAAUAACACCUUGCUUGCUAGGAACGGUCUCUGAUUGUUACUCGCUGAUGUCAUUAAAAAAACCUGGAUGGAAAAAUAGUAAUGGCUUGGUUCUAGAUCCCAAAAACAAUCCCAGACGUCUUGCUGACUUUAAUAAAGAUGCAUCUUUUGUUUCAACACCACCUUUCAAUCCAUCUGAUUCUGGUCACGUUUCCAUUAAAGUUCUUUCUUCAUCUGCUCCAGCUGACAAUGUCGUCAUCAAAGUUAAUGAGACUUCUUCGUCAUUAAGCUUAUCUACCAUUUUUGAAGCUACAUCCUCCAGUAGUCAAAGCGCAUUCAGUUUCAAAUUUGAAGCGUGGGAAGGUUCGACCGCUGCAAGAAAAAAACGAGCCACUGGUACUGCUGGAGAACGAUCAACUCUCAAUCAUGUCAGAAUGUUCAACCCAGUUUUGGGAAUUUCCAUCCAAGGUCAACUACCCCUUCUACAGAACAUUGAAAUCUACAACAGUUUUUCUCACUCCCUCCAAAUAAGUGGCUAUGCGACUGGCAAUUUUACAAUUGAGAACUUGCUCUCCCUUGAUUCAAAAGGAUCUGGAUUGCUUUUCAAAUUAGUCGAUUCACCGAGUGAUUUCCAAUGCUUCAUAACUAACAACACUUUCGUAAACACAAAAGAGGCCGCAAUCAAAUGGACGGGCCAAGGAUCUCUCGUCGUAGAUAGCUGCAAUUUUUUACAAUUUCAAACUUACGCAGUUUCUAUGGAAUCGUCUAGAGUUGAAAGCAAGCUAUCUAAAGCCAUCAUAAAGUCUUCUCAGUUUAGGUCCAAAAUGUAUACAAUUGUUUUAGAAAUAUAUGGAAGUUCAAUUACACCAUAUUUUUAUGUCUCUGUCGAAAACAACGAUUUCGUCGAAGUAAUGUUUAAAGAAGAUUAUUACAAUCAUUAUAUUAUGAAGUUGAGUUAUUUGAACGCCAAUUUAGAAAACAAUAAAUUUCUUGACUGCAGCUGCACCUAUCUCAUUUAUUUGGUUUCUUGCUACCAAUUGAGAGUUUCAGGAAACUCCAUCAUCAACAACAGCAUAGCAUAUGAACUCAUAUUUUUAUAUUCUACAACAAGCGCAAUUAUAACGGAUAAUAUAUUUCUGAACAACAAAGGAAGAGGACGAACGAUACGUUACUUCAAUUACUACCAUUCCUACACGCUCACCAUCAACAACAACAGUUUUUAUAGUCCAGAUCUACAAUGGGAUGUGUACAUUGAGUCGAAUUGGGAUCGACUGUCUGGAGUCUCGGCUACGGUUUACAACUUGAAAUACAACAAGUGGAUGGUAACAGAUUGGUCCAGUGCACUUCAAAGAAUCUUCUGUUUCUAUAACAACCCGAAUAAUUUUCCUGUCGAUAUCUGGCCUUCAACACUGGUCAACAAUGGAAGUGAAAAAAGUGUUGAUGUAUCUAUUCCAGAUCCUAACCAAUAUAAUGAGUUUUUUGGAGGGAAAGUUGGCUAUUCGAGAGUUCUCAGUAACAAUUCGAUUGGCUUCUACACCAUUUUGCAUUCUAUAUACGUUCCACCAAAUGUUACUCUAACACUAGUUGGAGGAGUGGUGUUGAAAUUUAACGAUGGAGUAAGUUUGGCCGUGGAAGGCGAAAUCAUUUUGAAUCAAGUGGAGGUCGUGGGUGUAUCUAGUUUUGUAGUGUUGAAAGCCAAUAAGAUGAGCCUGUCAAACGUGAAAGCCAGCAACGUUUUGGGCGAAUUUAAGAUGCUUGUAGGCACUGAAAACACGAUCAGUUCUGCCGCUGUUUCGUCGGAUGUAUUUACUAAUUUCAACCCAGGGACCGAGGUGCUGAAGAUAAGCAACUGCGCAUUCAACCAAGUCUACAAAAUGACCAUUGCUAAGUACAAUAAUAACUACCCGACGAACUGUUCAGUGAAAGUUAGCGGUACUAACUUUGCAGACACACGACUGAGUAUCAGUACAAGUGAUUUUGCAGGAGCAAACAUUGAAAUCAUCCGGUCGUCAUUUUCAGACGAACUUUCCUUAUCUCACUACGAUGGCGCGGCUAUAUCGCUUAACCUUUACAAUAAUGACAACAACAUUCUGUUGCAGGAAAAUUCUUUUGAGUCUCUGUCGUCCCGUUCUAUACAGAUUACUCGAGCAACAAAUUUUCAGUCGAAAGACAAGAUUGUCGUUCAAGUCCUGGACAGCACCUUUUCCAAUUCGAUUGACAGUUCCGUCGUUCUCUGGAAUAUUUAUGGGAUAGAGGCCAAAAUAUUGAGAAACAAAUUCACUUCGAACAUGGCGGACACAACCAAAAACUACAACAUGGCUUCAGUGAGUUACAUGUAUGAUGAUUAUUGGGGAGCGAUCGACCAGUGGCCUUCAGUUCAGUCUGCAAUAUCGCAAAACAGGUUCGAAAAUAACGGCGGGAAAUGUAUUUUUGAGAUCAAAACCACAUUGAGUGAUAAGGAACAGUACUAUCUGGACCUCUUCAACCGGACAAACUCUCGAUUCGACGUGACAUCCAAUGUUUUCCUGAACAAUUUUCCAUCCGAAGGAGUUGUUUGCUCCAGCCUCCCGAUUACUACCUUUUCUUCGAAUUUGUUAUCAAAUCCACUUGUUAGAUACGAUUUUGUUGCUAAAUAUAAAUCUGGAUUCAGUCAAAAUUGUACGUAUAAUUGGUGGGAUUCGAACAUCUUGGCGAAUGUUAAGGCAAGGUUGAAGGACACAACUGUUGAUCCAACUGUUGGUCGCAUAAUCUUCGAGCCUUUUUUGAACGAAUCAAAAUUUUCUUGUUUGGCAGUUCAAUCCUGCUCAGGUAAUGGCAUGUGCGUGGCUCCGGACGUCUGCCAAUGCAAUGCGGGAUGGACUGGCUUAAACUGCAGCAAAUAUUCGUGUUCAAGGGUUUACGAUUGUUUAGAUAAGGGUGUCUGCGUUGGACCAAACAAUUGUAGUUGCAGUCCUGGUUGGUCGGGUGAAGAUUGCUCAUGGGCUGACUGCAGACAGCAAAACAACUGUUCCGGAAAGGGAAUCUGUGCCGGCCCAAACCAGUGUGCAUGUGCCUCACAAUAUUCCGGUUCCGACUGUUCUCAGUGCAAAACAGGUCUAUGUGACUGCACCGACCAAAAUUAUGCUGGUCUCCUGUGCGAUCAGUGUGCACCAAAAUUGUCUGGACCUUUCUGUCAACCGCUGGUCAGUUUGCUGAACAUCUCGCCUGACUCCGGACCUGAUGCUGGAGAAACAAAUAUUUUCAUUAGUGGAAAUAAUUUGCCAAAUGUUGCAACGUACAAAUGCAAAUUCGACGGCAAUCUAGAAGUUCCUGGAACGUGGGUAUCUGAGAACAAGAUUGCAUGCGUUAGUCCGAAGAAAUCGGCAGGUGUUGUGCUGUUGGAAGUUAAAAUAAACGAAAUUGAAGGAUAUCUCGACUCAAAAUUCUAUUUUACUUACAAUCCUUCAUGUCCUGUUAACUCGUGCGGGAGCAACGCGGUUCCCAAGCGAGGCGCGUGUGACAUGGGCCGAUGUACCUGUUUCGUGCCCUGGUCUGGCGAUGGCUGCGACCAGCUCGGAUUGCCACCAGAAAUUUCUCCAGUUAAGAAUUUAUCACUAGUUGAAGGACAAAAUUUCAUUUUACAACUGACCGUGGAUCAAGGCAGCUCUAUAUUGAGAUGGGUUUUGAUAUUAUCUCCCGAGCAAGCAAACCUAGAUGAGAAUUUAGGUUUAUUAACUUGGACGAGAGUUCCCGCGAACACGAAGUCGUAUAACUUUAAAAUUGAAUGUUCAAAUAAAUACGGCAAAUCUGUGACGAGUUUUUCAAUUUCGGUAGCACCGUCAUAUUCGUUAGUGAUCGAUUCCCUACCAAAAGGUCCUUUCUUACAACCUCAACCAGUCACGAUUAGUGGCAAAAUAGCGUGGGUUGAUUCCAAGGGCAAUGAUAAUUUCAACAAUUCUGAAAUACCUCUGGUUCUCCUAAUAAAAUCAAAUUAUGGUCUGAGAAAAAUACCAACGACAGCCUCGUCAGUUCCUCUGAAGAGUAUUUUUAGCAUAAACUUUCAACCUUUUAACUUUGAAGUCGGUCUGACAGAAGUGGAUGCAGUUCACCCAGCAAUGGUAGGAAAUACGUUGACGAAUGUGCAGCAAAGUUGGACUGUGUACGGCGUGAAUUUAUUUUUAAAUCCGGCGAGUGUUUCAGGAUAUGUUGACAAGUACCAGUUUAAAAACUUCUUGACUAUUCAUAAUAAUGGAUUGGAUCCUUUGACAAGAUUAUAUCUUCUGAUGUACACCCCGCCGAUGGAACUGACUCUAUUCUCAACUUCGUCACAAAUCUCUUGCAAAUGGUUACCAUCGACAAACACUCUUAUCAAAAACUGUUCCUUGGCAGUCAUUCUAAGAUCCAAUGAGAGUAUUUCCCUAAACGCCAACAUUUCAGCUGACCAAGGACUAUCUGGUUCCUUCCCAAUUACAUUCGUAACAUCUGAAGGUUUGAAUAAAAGAGUGAUCUUCAGUUAUGCAUUUCAACCAAGGAAUCCUGCAUUCGAGUUGGUGCCGGGUGUCAUUGAAUCAUCUGUUCCUAGGGGCGGAGUGCUAAUUAAACAAGUGCAAGUAACAAACGUCGGAGCAAGAUCCGCAACAAAUGUACUCCCUCAGUUUCCCAGCAUUCCAAAUCUGAAAUUCAUAUCUUUUGGCACGAACGCAACAACCCUGACCAGUCUGUCUCAACUUGGUCUUGUUCUCGAACCAGGAGACGUCCAAGGAGCCGUUGCAAUCGUUUCGUCAGAAACUGGAGCUACGUUUCAAUUCAGGUUUACAAUAGUGUCCACAAGUUACUUAAACCUAACGGUUAAAGUUGAAGACGAAUAUACGUACUUCUCCGACGACAAGCCGUUGCUGGCAGGAGCCAAAGUGGUCCUCACUUCUGAAUACUCAGACUUUAUUGCGACAAAAUUUACUGACUCCACGGGAAUGGUGACGUUUGUUAACAUCUUGGAGGAUUAUUACACCCUGCAGACGUCAGCUGAUAAGCAUAUUCCUGAUUCGCGCGUAAUAUUUGCAUCGCAGGAUCAAGAUGUCGUUUCCGUCUUUGUUCAAAGGAAUGCUAAAACAAAUUCCAUUGAUAAUGAUUUUAAUAUUUUGGUGAUGAACAAACAAGAAAACACGAAUUGUAACAGUUGGGCCGUGAAAGCAGUUUCCCUAGAAGACAGAUACGACAUCACACUGGAAGCUGAUUUCACCACCCACGUCCCCAUCCCCGUUGUAACAAUGGAACCGAAUGAGAUCGACCUUGACCUACUGGAAACUGGAGUGUUGAAAUCUUUGCAGUUUAAGAUUACAAACCACGGAUUAAUCUCUGCUAAAGGAUUUCAAAUAACGUUACCUUCUAUUGGUGACCACCCUUUCCUCACACUAACAAUGAACAACACGGACUUCGGAGACAUACCGGCCAAUACAACCUUCUACGUCGUCGCUGAGGUACUCACGGAUGAUGCGAAAAAGCAGCAAUAUGUGGGCUCCAGUCUGGCUAAAAGGAAUAUAAACAAAAGAAGCAUUAUAGGUUGUUUAGGCAUAUCCAUUAGGGCAACAUAUUUUUACGUGUGCGACACCAGACGCUAUGUUUCAGUUGGCGUGUCCAUUCAUAAUGCGGUGAUUUGUACUUGGAAUUUUUUUGGAUUUGGUUGGGGCUGGUGGAUUGGAGGUCGGUUCGGUGUGGUAGGUGUGUCUCGUGUCAGCUGUGGGUGCAACUCAAACUAUCCUGAACUUUGCUGGACCAUCUUCUCUUUCGUUUCCAGAUGCAUAUCUGUUUACUACCAACCGAACAGAAUGUCAUACGGUUAUCACGUGAUGCAGUGCGUCAGGAAGGUGCACUCCCUAAAAAUGUGUGUAAAGCUUAUUGGGGGUUGUCAGUCAGGGAGUGGCUCUGGCGGAAGUAAUGGGGGAGGCUUGGGAAGUGGCGUAGGAUCCGGAAGUGGAAGUGGUGGAGGAACAGGAACAGGAAGUGGUGGAGAAACAGGAUCAGGAAGUGGUGGAGGAACUGGAACAAACGUGCUAAGCAAAGAAGACCUUGGGCCUGUAUUGGCCAAAAGAUCGUUAGCUAUCAAUGAAUUCUACGUACUUGGGAUAACGUUUUUAGGAGAUGAAGCUUGGCUUUACCUCCAAGAGCCGCCCACUCAAUGGUGGUCCGAAAUUUUUGAACCAGCAUUCUCCGAAACCAGCGAAGGUGGUUCAGUCGUGACCGCAAAAGAGUUCGAUGUCAUCCUGAAGAGUCCACUUCCGAGCAAUGCAACUUUGGAAAUGGUCAGGAAACUGGUUCUCCGCUACAAUUCAUCAUUUGCCGAUUGGGACAAGGGAGGCAAUGGCUCAGGGGAUGGAAUGAUCAACCUGGGAAAAGUUCAGUCAAGUGAAAACAACUUGAAAGCCUACGAAAACGAAGCCAAAAAAGCAAACAAAGCCAGCAUCAGUGAUUGGUACAAUGAAGCUUAUGAUAUUUUUCAACGAUCAGAAUAUAGCCCCGAACAAGGUGUCUGCGCAAAAGUGCGUAUUCAAAUCCAACAACAUGUCACACUAACGAGGACUGGAUUUGAAGCUGAACUGCAGCUGGAAAAUGGCGAAUCAAGCGAUUUGACAAAUAUCAAAAUCGUUCUAGAAAUCACCAUUAGAGGAACUGGCAACACCACAAAUGAUGCGAUUUACAAGUUCGCGAUAGGUCAAUCAAAAUUAGAAGGCAUAACAAAUGCAUCGGGUAAUGGAGUUUUACUGAAAGGAAAAAAAGGCAUCGUGACUUGGCUGAUCAUUCCUUACUCCUCGGCAGCUCCGACUUCAGACACUCAGUACAACGUCGGAGGCACUCUUCAUUACACCAUUGGCAAUGAGAGUCUGACAAUUCCUUUGUUUCCCGACACGAUCACAGUUAAACCUGAUCCUCGUCUCUUCAUCGACUACUUCCUUGAGAAAUAUGUCUACAGCGAUGAUCCCUUCACUACGAAUGUCGUUGAACCUGCAGUCCCAUUCAUAUUGGGCAUGAUCAUCACUAAUUCCGGCCGCGGGACAGCCACGGAUCUCAAAAUAACAUCUUCCCAACCUAAAAUUAUCGAUAACGAGAAGGGUCUGUUGGUGGAUUUCAGAAUUGUAGGCACGAGAUUGGCCGGCCAGGAUAUCUCGCCGUCACUAAGCAUUCAGUUUGGAGACAUCUCUCCAAUGUCGGCUGUUUCGGUUCAGUGGAUAAUGACUUGCUCGCUGUCUGGGACCUUUUCCAACUUUUCGGCGACUUUCCAAAAUACGAAUCCACUUGGCGAUUCAAAACUUUCUCUACUGGAAGAUGUCAAAUUUCAUGAGCUGCUUCACACAGUCCUCAUUGAUAAUCCAAAAUCUGACUCCAUAGUUGAUUAUCUCGUCGUUGAUCCAGACAUCACGGUCGAUGUAAUUCCAAACUCGGUGUAUGACAGUUCAAAUGGGACCAGACCGUUGAAUGUCUCCAUGUGUAGCACUAGCAGCAGUGGUCUCGUUGCUUUUGGGACAACACUCAAGCUCACAGUCACAUGUGACAAAAUUGGCUGGUCUUACCUGAGAGCCCUUUUUCCGCCAACGUUAAACGCUCAGCAAACAUUCACGUCAGUUACCAAUUCCAAUGGGAAGUAUUUGGAUGUUCGGCACAAUGUUUGGCUGCAAGUUAUUAGCAAGAAAAAUUAUUUACAAAUCUUUGACUACAUUUCUGCACCGGGAACGCACGUCUAUACCCUGUACACAACUCGUAGUAAUCUGCACACGCCAACGUUUACACCCAACAACUUUAGUGCCACUAUAUUAGAAAAUCUCACUCCACCCCAAGUUUUGAUAGCUGUUAACAAUGCUACGGAUGAAGAUAAUGAUGUCAUCACAUAUUCACUGCUGCCACAAGAUGACCUUCCAUUCAGCAUUGCGCCAAGUACUGCUCAAGAUAUUAUCGGAGAUGAAUUUUUAUUUACAAUCAAAAAAGGAAUCAUCAGCUCUACGAGACAGUUGGAUCGAGAAGAACGAGAUCAGUACAGCAUCAUCGUCCUUGCAACUGAUUCUGGGAAUCCUCCAAAAUCCGGAUCGGCUGUGGUGUUUGUCAUUGUAACCGAUGCCAACGACAAUCCACCUCAAAUUUCUGGACUCUCUGAGUUAAUUAUUGCAGAAGAUGUCACUCCAUCAGGUGCUGUCAUACUAGGCAAUGUUCUCGUGAAUGAUAAGGAUGCACUGCUGAAUGCCGUUGUUACGACCACACUGCUACAUCCGGAUAAUCAAGAUUUGUUGACUUACGAUAAAAAUGAUCUAACAAUUAAGUCAACUUCCUCAUUUGCAAAUCACGUGGGAGUGCACAGUUUUUCUUUUGUAGUGAGAGACUCUGGCUCUCCCCCCUUAACUACUGUUGCUAAUUUCACGCUGAAAAUCGUCAAAUCGAAUAAAUUUAAACCGAGUUUUAACAGCACCAACUACACUUUCAGCGUUAACGAAACCAACUUUGUUGGAGUUGUCAUUGGCAAUGUAUCUGCUUGGGAUGGAGAUGAUCCAAAUGAAAAGAUAACUUUCAACAUGGAAAGCUCUGUUUCACUCAACACUGUUCCAUUCAAUGUGGGUAUCGACACUGGAUUGAUAACUAAUUUGCUUCCUUUGGUUUCAACGAGCGAAAAUACAAUAAUUAAGUUCAAAGUUCUGGCUUUCGAUAACGGUGCUCUGCCUACGGGUCAGUUUUCUAAUUCUGUUGAUGUUUCGGUGAAAAUUGAAGAUAUCAAUGACCACUACCCAAUGUUUUCCAAGCCAAGUUAUUUUAUCGAAGUAAAUGAAAGCACUCCGAUCAACACCGAGCUCAUUCUCGUUCCAGCAUAUGAUUUAGAUUUCGGCCUAAAUUCUGAAAUUAAAAAUUUUUCUGCCAGAAUACUUUCACCUCCAAAUUUAAAUUUCAACAUCUAUUUCAUACUUGAUGCCGACAACACAAACAAAAAAUUAAGAAUCCAGAAUGCAGCAAUCCUCGCCAAACGAUCGAUUGAUACGUUUGUCAUCGAACUGAAAGUUGCUGACUCUGGUGUUCCAUCUUUGGAGUCGACAUCAAAUUUAACAUUAUCCAUUUUGGAAGUCAAUAACUGCGUGCCUUCUUUUAACAGCACGGAAACAAACAUUACUGUGUUCAGGAAAAUUCCUGUAAAUUCCCUUCUUUUCAUGUUCAAAGCCGACGAUUGCGAUCUGAAUCCCCAACUGACUUACUCAAUGGUUCCAAGUCAGCCAUCUGUUCCUCAAAAUUUUAUUUCCCUCAACAAAAACAGCGGAUCGAUUCAUUUGAUUACAUCUUUAAGUUCCAAUUUGACUAUAAAACAGUUGAAAAUAACGGUUCAGGCUUUUGAUCAGUUGCACGUAUCGUCAAACAAUCAGUUCUUGAAUAUAUUUAUCAGUGAUGUCAAUGUUCUCCCGCCUGUUUUUAAGCCAAAAGUUUACGAGACAACUGUCUAUGAAUCCCUACAAGUUGGAACAGUGUUAGAUGUCGUGUUGUCAUGCACAGAUGACGAUAGCCUAUCGCUGUUCUAUCGCAUCCGCGCCGGCAAUGAUGACAACGUUUUUUCCAUCAACGUCUUGACUGGUCAGAUAACCCUAGCGAAAUCUUUGAACUUUGAAGAAAAAAGUUCAUACAGCCUGACAGUCACUGCAUACGAUGAUUUGGAUCAGAGCCUAGCCCUCAACGACUCAGCAACUGUUCAGGUCAAUGUGCAAAAUGUUAAUGAGUUUCCUCCGGCCUUCCUUGACCAGUCGGGUAUCACUUUGAAGUGGUUCAGUGGCCAGUUGGUGCCUAACCUUUACAAGCCUAAGGAUGAUGAUAACGACAAAGUCACGUUCACUUUGAUGCCCUCCGCUGAAUCAAAAUAUUUUUCAUUGGACCCAUUGGCUGGCUGGCUGAGUGUUAUCAAACCGGUCGAUCAACCUUUGCAGACGAUGAUUCAGAUCAAAGCCACGGAUAAUGAUUUCGGUCUCCAUGAGUUGAACAUAGAAAUUUUAAGGGACUUUCUGCAAAAAAGUCUCGAUAAAAAUAUUAACUUGUACAGCUCUUCAUAA